CUCUGCACCGAGUGCUACAUGUCUGGCUCUCACGAUACAGAGCAUGAGUUUCUACGCAUAGAUGGACCUCAAGAUCCUGGGGUUGUGGUCAAAGCAAGACAAGAGAGCAAGUGUGUGACCUCUCAUGGUAUAUUUGUUGGUGCCAAAGUCUGUAGGAGACCAGAGGGGACUUCAGGCAAUCAAGACGGUAGGCGAAAGAGUGUAGGCACAGUGACUGAUGUCUGCGAUUGGUCAGAAUGCUUCAAGAAGGGUGCUGCCAUCGUCCAAUGGAAGGAAGGUGGUUCGGUCAAAUAUCGUGUGGGACAUGAUGGGAAGGUUGAGCUCAAAGCUGUUAAGACUGCGGCUGGACUGGACUACUAUGAAGAUCAUCUUCCACUAAUAGGAGAAACAGAGUCAUGGAAGAAGGGAGGAAAGGUGAUGAUUGCCAUGGAUACAGAGAUGCUCAACAUUUUUCAAGAGGAAACGGGAGAGAAUUGGGAUAACAGCCUUAUAGAGAAAAUUGGAAGAUCUGGUAGCGUAGAGGCCGUCGACCACAGGGGUUGGGUUCAAGUGAUGUACGAUGACAAGACCAAAUGGACAAUGCCGCCUUUUGCCCUGAAAAAGGUGGUGGAUUAUAAAGCCAGAGAUCGAGUCCGAAUCAGUGCAAACAUUGACAUGGUCAAAGAUUUACAUCGCAAAAACGAGGAGAGAAAUGAUGCCAUUGAAUUGAGCAAAAAGGCAGGGCAGGAAGGUAGUGUCCUGGAGACUACAGACGGCCAUGGCAGUGUGAAAGUAAAGGUCAAAGGUCAAACUCUAAAGUACCAUCCUGCUGCCCUGAUACUGCUUCCGAAACGAGAUGGAGACGAUGAAGAAGAAGAUGAAGAGGAUGAGGAGAAGGUGGAGGAUAAGAAGGAGGAGGAGGAGAAAGAUGGGGAGAAGAGGCAUGAUGAUGAAGAGAAGAAAAGUAAUGAAGAAUAUGAAAACAUCAUCACAAAUGCUCCGCAGGUCGGAUCCAAACCAGUGCCAAUUCCUGAACCUGCUGGUCUAGCCAGCAAGGAUGUUAUGCAUCGCUUGAUAAAGCUAGCUGAGAAGCUAAAGGAUGCCGGAGAAUCAGAAGAAAUACAGAUUCUCAGUGCUGUUGCAGCUGGAAAUCUGGAGAAGGUCAAGGACUUUCUCAGGCAGAAUCCUAAACUGGCGAAUGCCAGCUUUGGCUCACAAUCGGCUCUUCAAGUAGCAUGCCAUGAGGCAUCCUUACCAAUUGUACAACUCUUGGUAGAUGCUCAUGCCUCCCUGGAACAUAAAGAUAAAGUCGGGGACACAGCUCUCACCUUCGCGGUCAUCGGUAACAAUCCAUCAGUUGCGGAGUUUUUGAUUGAACGGAAGGCCUACGUCAAUACAUCCAACAAAUGUAGACGGACUCCUAUGCAUAUCAGUGCACACAAUGAUAAUAAAUCAUGUGUUGAGGUUCUUAUCAAACAUGGCGGCAGUGUCAAUACGCAGGACGAUGAUGGUAAUCUCCCUAUUCACAUGGCAAUCAAAACAAAGUCAACAUCCCUGGUGGCGCUCUUAAUUGACCAUCAAUCUGCUGAUCUGAGACUAAGAAACAAUGGUGGCUUUACUCCUCUUCAUUAUGCUGCCAAAAAGAACUGUCUUGAGGUGGUGAAGUUAUUGGUUGCUAAGGACCCGUCUCUCGCUACCAUUGAGAAGAAUGAUCGCUUUACACCUCUUCAUGUUGCAGCUAUUAACAAUCAUGUCGAUAUUGUCCGUGUUCUGAUCGAAUUGCCGAAUUGUGACCUUACAACUAUCAAGGCCGGUCCAGGUCACCACACACCUCUCCACCUGGCUACCUGGGAGGGUUACACAGAGGUCAUUGAGCUCCUGGUCAGUCACAGAGCAGAGGUUAAUGUCAAAGACAAGGAUGGAGACACCAUGUUGCAUUUGACCGUCAAGAGGAGGGUCAGCGGCACGAAUUUCGUCCAUGACACUCCAGCAUUACAAAAGGUGUGUAAGGAGAUAGGCGAUCCAGCGAUCACCACGCCCAGAGAUGCCAUCAUCGCAUUCUUCAUACGUCAUGGCAGUGAUGUCACAAUCAAGAAUAACAAUGGCCACACCCCUUUCAAUUUGCUGGAGAAUGAACCGGUGCUAUUGAAUGCUUUGAUGAGAGUAGCAGGAAUCACUCCAAUCAGUGAGAUACCAAUAGCAGCUGAUGAAGCCGUAGACAAGACGAGGAAGGAGGAUAAAAAGAAGGAUAAGAAAGAAAGGAAUCCCUCUGCUGAGAAAGCCCCCAAACCAAAGAAGAAACAAGAUUUUGAAGGAGUGCACCGUAUCAGCCCAGAUGAGCUGAACUUGGGAGAAACAGUCGGGCGGGGCGCUUUCGGGGAGGUAAAGAAAGCUGUCUGGAGAGGUACCACCGUGGCUGUCAAGAUUAUUUCCACGGCUGGUAGCAAGAAAGAUGAGGUGGAGAAAGAGGUCUCUAUUCAUAAACGUGCUAGACAUCCAAACAUAGUAUCAUUGAUGGCUGUUGGGCAUCGAAUUGGACAGGUCCUGAUCGUCAUGGAGUUCAUCGACGGAAUGAAUCUCCAUGAUGUCAUCUUCAGGAAAAAGAAGGAUGGUAUUACCCUGACUCCGGAGUUAAAGAUGAGCAUCACGGUUGGUCUCUUGUCAGCUCUCACCUUCCUUCAUGCUUCCAAGAUACUCCAUCUAGACAUCAAACCAUCCAACGUUAUGGUUGAGCGUGCAUCAAGGCGAGCUUACCUCUGUGAUCUUGGCCUUGCCCACAUCAAGACCCGUAGCUCCAUGUCUCUCUCAACAUCACUCCGUGGACCACGUGGCACGAUCACCCACUUUGCUCCAGAGAUGGUCCAAAAACAAGGGAAGGCCUGGGCCGGUCCAGGAAAUGACAUCUGGUCUAUUGCUUGCACCUUCCUGGAGUUGUUCGUGGAGCAAACCCUUUGGGAAGGUGUAGAGUUUGUGAAGCUUCUUAGGACAUUGCUAAAACCGGACGCUGUGCCGCCAAUUCUGAAGAAAGUUAAGCCAGAGGUGCGUUCCAUACUGAAACCAUGCUUUGAUAAGGAGCCCUUGAAAAGGCCCUCUGCAGAGGUACUCCUUGAACAGUUCCAGAAGCUCCAACAGUCCAGCUUAUGAUGUUUGAGGCAUCCCUCUUCAAUUGCAGGCUGGGUAUUAUUACUUGAACAGCUUCAGAAGCUUUAACAGUUCAGGGGUUGUUCAUAAAGCUGUUCGUAAAGUUACGCAUGACUUUACAAACGACUUGAAUAUGAAGUGCCAGAUAGGAUGCCCAAAGUUUUUCCUUUUUUUUUAUUAAAAUGUGACUACAUUUCCUAUUACCUCAAUUAGAAUAUGGCAAAAAAUAAACUUUGCAUUACAAAUGUUUGUUAUAAUAAGAAUGUUAAUCUACAUCUGCACAGUU